CAAGCGGCUCCUUUCACUUUGAGAAUAUUACUUUUCUCUUUGAGAAAAAUACAUAUACGCAUGUUUAUCCUUAUCAAUUUGAUUGAAUAAGAAAAAAUUCUAAAAAGUGAUAAAUAAUUUAUUCGCUGUCGUUUCCUGCACAUGAUAAAUUAAAACGCUGAAAACAACAAAUUUGAUCUGGGAGCUAUUUGCUUAUUUCCGGUACCGGUAAUUUUAAAUGUCAACGGGUUUGUUUUCAUAACACUUCCGAGACUGAAGCCGCUGAAGGUUUUCGCAGAAUGACCUACGUAAAAUCAUGAGAGUUCCUAGUCGAAAUCUGGUGCCGCAGCGAGUACAGGGUGAUUUUUUGCCCAGGGGGCAAAAUGAUGUGUCGGCUUUGCAAAGGGGUUUAAACGGUUACAUGCAGGACUUGUCAAGGUCUCAAGACCUACCUCGGGGAAGCGACGCGACGUCAAGCGGACAGCUGUCACGUCGAGCGCGUAGUAUCAAAAUGGGUGCCGCGACGAGAGAAAAACAUAAGGAAAAGUUCCUAAAGUGUCCCGCGAUUCACUCCAGUUUUCACCAUGGAGAAAUUGCAAAUGAAAAAGAAAUCGUUUAUCAACACCCGGAUCACUGUGCUCAAGGAUUUCCGAUUUUUGAGGAUAUUCGAAGACAGGGCAAACUUUGUGACGUAACCCUCAAGGUUGAUGACCAGAGUUUCAGCGCCCACAGAAUUGUUCUUGCAGCAACAAUUCCUUACUUCAACGCCAUGUUUCUGAAUAACAUGGCUGAGAGUAAACAGAAGGACAUAACUCUGCAGGGAGUGGAUUCAACAGCCUUGGAAGCCUUGAUUAACUUCGCAUAUAGUGGUCGCAUUACCCUCACAAAUGAAAACGUUCAGAGUAUAAUGAUCGGAGCGUCCUUUUUUGCUCUUCACAAAGUGAAAGACGUCUGUGCUGAAUUUUUGCAAACGCGUUUUCACCCUCACAACGUCUUAGGCAUCAGACAUUUCGCUGACACCCUGAGCUGUGCGUCUUUAUUAGAACAGGCUCAUAAAUACAUCCAACAUUACUUCCAGGAAGUUUCCAUGGCCGACGAAUAUUUAAAUUUGUCGUUUCACGAUUUAAAGGAAUUAGUCUCUAGUGACGAAUUGCACAUAACUUCCGAGCAGCAAGUUUUUGAAGCUGUUAUUAGAUGGGUUAAGCAUGAAGAGCAAUCUAGAGUAAAAAAUUUGCCUGAGUUGCUCGCUCUUGUGAGAUUGCCUCUUCUUUCGCCAGAGUAUUUGGCUGAUCAUGUUGCCAAGGAAGAUCUCAUUAGGAGUUCUCAUCAAUGCAGGGAUUUACUAGACGAGGCAAAAGACUAUCAUCUCCUUCCACACAGACGCUACUUACUAGAUAGUUUCAAAUGUCGCCCCCGGUGUUGCAACUACACAAUGGGUCAUAUUUUUGCAGUAGGAGGCCUUACGAAAUUUGGAGAUUCCUUGAGCACAGUAGAAGUCUACGAUCCUUUCACUGGAAAGUGGAAGACUUCAGAAGCCAUGACGAUGUUGAGGAGUCGAGUCGGCGUAGCUGUUCACAAAAACAAACUCUACGCUUUUGGUGGUUACAACGGCUCGGAAAGACUUUCCACUGUCGAGGUUUAUUAUCCAAACUUGAAAUCGUGGAAGAUUAUCGCUCCUAUGCAUUGCAAGAGGAGUGCUGUUGGCACCGCAGCGCUGAAUGAUUUCCUCUACGUCUGUGGUGGAUAUGACGGAGUUGCUUCUUUGGAUACGGUGGAAAGAUAUUGUCCUGAAUCUGAUAAGUGGAAGAUGGUCAGUUCUAUGAACAAGCAUCGCUCUGCUGGCGGAGUCGUUGCUUUUCAAGGAUAUGUUUAUGCUUUAGGUGGACAUGAUGGGUUGUCCAUAUUCGAUUCGGUGGAAAGGUAUGAUGCUCAAACUGACACGUGGACCGUUGUGAAACCGAUGCUCACAAGAAGAUGUCGUCUUGGAGUUGCUGCUCUGAAUGGAAAGCUUUACGUGUGUGGAGGCUACGACGGAUCAACUUUUCUACAAUCUGUUGAAGCCUAUGAUCCCGUGACUGAUAAAUGGGAAUUUGUAGCACCAAUGACAGUAAGACGUAGUCGAGCAGCGCUUGUAGCAAACAUGGGGAAAUUGUGGGCAAUCGGCGGGUAUGAUGGAGAUUCGAAUCUGUCCACUGUCGAGGUUUACGAUCCCGAUACAAAUUCCUGGUCUUUUGCAGUACCGAUGUGCGCCCACGAAGGAGGCGUAGGUGUCGGCGUAAUUACAAUCUGCUAAGAUAUAAGCCAUUAUUCCACUAAGAAAUGAUAUGAACCUACCGAUCAUGAUUUCGUUGAUUUAAGAAUGAACUCUUGAUUUUUAAGAAAUUAAACAAAAUAUAUUUUUGACUAUAUCUUUUUUUUUAACUCGAACAAAAACUGUUGCCAUUGGUGAAUAAUUUUAAUUAGUGAUACCUAUUAAUUAGUAUCUUAGAGUUAAUCUCUUCUCUGAAAUGUUUUUUAAUGUUAACAAUUUAGGGAGAUUGAGACUUAUCUGUGAUACAAUUUAUAGGUCCUCUUUUAUUGAUCUCAAAAUUUUUUUAUUUGCUAUUUAGUUUAUAUAACUUGUACUAUUUACAGUUUCAUUUAUUUAUUAAAUAUACUAUGUUAAUUUAAUCAUUGUCUGUGAAUGCAUUUUUGCUGGGUCAAUCUUUUUAACGUAUGUGUGAUCUCUUGGCCUUUGAAAUAAAUAAUAAGUGACUUAAAUGUAAAUUCAUAGAUGAGAUUAUUGAAGGAAAAUUAUUUCCGUUGUGAAGAUUUGAUCUUCCAAGUUUUCCAGAAGAGCAUUUAUUAUUUACACUACUGAGUGCUAGAAACUGAAAACAGCGGUGGUCUCAUAGUGCUAGGCCAACGAAACAAUUCUGUACAAUAUUUAGUCUAGGGAUUUAUUAAUUAAUUUUGUAUGAUCAAUGAAGUUGAAGGAAAUAGCGAGUAUUAAAAUAUUUUUUUUAUGUUUGAUUAAGCAACAAAUUAAUGGUAAAAUCGAAUAAACUCCUUUAAUUUUCAAAACUCUAGUUUCAGGUUGCUGUGAAUUCGGUUAUUAUUCUCAUGUAAAUCGUACUUUGUAAAAAAUAAAGAUUCAGAAC